AUGCAUUUAUUGAAAACGACAACGCCUAGUGAUAAAGAUCUAAAUCGUAAGAAAUCAACUGUUUAUACCAGAACUGGUGACAAAGGCACUUCGAGUUUGUAUAAUGGUGAGCGUAGACCUAAGAAUGACAGUAUAUUUCAUGCAUUGGGGGAUAUCGAUGAAUUAAAUAGCAGUAUAGGUAUUGCGCAUCACUAUUGCAAGAAAGCUCGGAAUGGAUUGGAGGAUCGAUUAAUAUCGAUUCAAUGCAAAUUAAUUGAAUUGUCUUCAAAUAUCGCGACGCCUCGCAUAACUUCACACGAGAAUAAAUUAUCGUAUACAACCUUUGAUCCAACGAACGUUGAUACUUUGGAAUCAUGGAUUGAUGAAUUGGAUGCGCAACUUCCUCCCCUCAAGCAUUUCAUUCUACCAUCGGGAGGUGAAAGUGCUAUAUUUUUGCAUCAAUGCCGAUCGAUUUGCAGGAGAGCAGAAAGAGCAACAGUGGGAUUAGCAGAGAACGAAAAAGCUAAUCCGGCCGUUCAACGAUAUCUCAACAGGUUAAGCGAUUUCUUUUUCGUGGCUGCACGAUACGCUGCAAAAUCUGAUGGGGCAAUAGAGAAUUAUUAUGAGCAGCGACGAAAGGAUAAAAAGAGUAACUUGGUGACAAGAGAAUUGAAUGAAAGCACAAGCAGCAGCCAGAAUAUUCUUUAA